UGCCGCGUGAGGGGCCGGUCCCGCCAACGCAGCAACCGAGAGCACGGGAAGAGACUGCCCGCCUCAGCCCACGGGGAAUCAGCUGUGAUUCUUUUGGGUCACACCGAGCCCCAGUCCGUGCCCCCGAGUCCCGCCGGCUCGGUGUGACCCAAAAGAAUCACAGAAUCAUUUAAGCUGGAAAAGACCUCUGGGAUUACCGAGUCCAAUCUAUGACUAAACACCACUAUAUCAAUUGGACCAUGGCACUGAGUACCACAUUCAGUCUUUUCUUAAACACGUCCAGAGAUGAUACAGCUGGGAUUUGUCAGGAUCAUAUCACAAGGUCAUUUUUAAGGAGAUUCUCACUGACAUUUUGUGAGGUUGAUCCUUGGAUAAGAUGCUGGUUGUCAGCAUGAAAGGAAGAGCUGCCCGCGGUGCGUGGGAAGCCAGGGACGCGCAGCAGCCGCGUCCCCGUGACCGCUACAAACACGCCUGUGCUGUCUGCAGAGGGUUUGUUUAUCUCUACGGAGGGCACGGCAGCACCACGCUGAGGGACUUCUGGAGGUACCACACAGUGAAAAAUGAAUGGGAAAUGUUGGAUUGCUCAAGAGAUGGUCCAGAAGAACUGGAAGAACAUUCAAUGGUGGCUUAUAAGGGCAGCCUGUAUAUUUUUGGUGGGAUGGUGGAUUCUGCUUUCACACAAGCAAAAACUCCUCUCUGGAUAUAUGACAUUGAUUCUGCAAGAUGGACAGAGAGCUGCAACGAACCAGCAGAGACGGAGAGCUCUGCACCAGCUAACAGAAAAGGUCACAGUGCAGUCGUGUACCAUUCCAGCAUGUACAUCUAUGGGGGAUACUUUGGCAUCAAAGGCAUUUCUCAGGAGUUUUGGGAAUUCCAUUUUGAUACAAGGAAGUGGUUGUGUGUCUCCAGCCCCUGUCAGAGCACCAGCCCCGGAGCUCGGCACGGCCACUCAGCAGUGGUUUAUCACACAGCCAUGUACCUCUUUGGGGGGCUGAUGGGGCUCACUGAACAGAGGGACUUGUGGAGGUGGGACUUUGGAAGCAGCAGCUGGUCCAGCAUCAGAACAAGCCAAGGACCUCCUCCGCUGGUAGGUCAUGCUUCGAUAGUCUGCAAAGACUCUAUGCUGAUUUUUGGCGGAGGGAUUUCAAAUUCCAGCCCUAAUGACGACCUCUGGAAGUAUCAUUUCCAUACGCAGACAUGGAAGAAGCUCAGUAGUACUACAAAGGGAAACUUUUCUCCCAAAAUGUAUCACUGCAUCUUAGGAAUUGGUGCAGAUUUCCAAACUACCUCAGAUUUCAUUGAUACGUUCCCCACCCACUGCAAGAGUGAGCAGAAGGACCAUCCCCAGCUGGUGCCCAUCCCGAGGCACUUUGGCUUUUGCAGCUACUUCUGCCCACAGACGACAGAGCGGAGCAACGCCAUUGAAAUGAAAACCUUCAGCCUGCCCCCGGAGCCAGCAGAAUUCCCUGCCUUCCAGACCACCUCAGAGGCAGGACUAGGCCCAAACAGAGACAGGAGCUGUUUGUCCAAAGACAAAUCUCUCCGUCUGUUGGCUUGUUCGGGAGAGGCUUUAGCUGCUGCUCAGGCUCUGGGUGAAGAGGAGAGAACCAACUGUGGGUGUGCGGCCACGGGGGGUGAGAGCAGCUGUACCAACACACUGCUGCUCAUUGGGGGCAAACCUUUGUCCAGCUUCUCUGAGAUCUCCUUCAGGCAAAUGGAGUUUGAUUGCUUGUGAUUGCUUUGCUUGCAAAGUGAAGGAAUAAAUUUCCACCACCGUGGCAGUAGGUGGAAAACCAACUGCUUGCAACUGUCUUCAGCUUCCUAUCAGCAUGCUGGGGAAAAAAAUAAUUAAACCUUCUCAUACUUGCUGCGAACAGAUUUUUUACAAUGUUAACAAAACCUGACAUAUAUUUAAGUCACAACUUGCAUGUAAGUUGUGAUUUCUGGGAGGAGCUUGUUGGAAUGCUGCUCUUUUUGUUACUUUUCUCCUGGUCACUUCAUACCCUUUCAAAUUGCAAUGGCCAAUGCUGCCUUGAAAAUCAGAACUGCAGUAGCACAUACUGGUUCCACAAGAUGCCAUUUCAGGGGCAAAGCUUGCUCAUCUUGCACUGGCAUAAGGUAGAAACACAGUCACAUUCGAGGGAUUAAAUUAGUCUUAAUAGGAAUGUUCUCUAAGAAUUUAAAGAGAUUUUAUAUUCUUGAGUGUUAUUUGCACAAUAUACUUGCAACAUGAGAUGGCCUGUGACAAAGGAACCCAACAGAUAAAUCAGCAACUGAAUUCUAGAAGAUAUUCAAGGAUUGUCUGUAACCUUGAGGAAGUGAAACAAUGAGUGCUCCCUGAAAAUCAUCAGCAAGGACCAGAGAAAGGGCAUUAUACCUGUAAGAACAAAGGAUGUACCAAAUGAGUGCUGGCUUUAAUGACUAAAUGAAUGAAUCAAAAUGUUUUGAUUUCCCACAGUGGGGUGGGGAGGGAACAGAAAGAGGAGGGCUUGAUGGAGUGGCACAAAGCAUGGGCUGUUUGGACUGCUAACUCAUAUUUUAGCCACAAAGGGAUUUCUGCUUUUCCAACUCCAUCUCUUUUUAUCACCCUGUGUAGUACUUGUUACACAUGUCCCCUCUGUACUAGUAAAUUCUGAGUUCAUAUAUGUUUUUUUCUUUGCUGAAAAGAAAAAUUGCUUGUUUUGCAAGGUAAUAUUGUCCAGCAUUCAAAGCAUUUAUUUCCAUAGAAGUUACUAAAUACUGGCCUUCUGACAGAACAUUAGCUUACUGUCUUUAAGAGCAGCUGGUAUCUGAAAUUACCCGAAAGUGUAAGUUGCCAAAUACUUGAAAAAUUCACUUUUCAAGUUUCAUGGGAACAAUGCCUUUCAAGCCAUUUACAGAUUUCAAGAAUAUUUACAGAUACUUUCAUCAUCUCUUCGUAAGUAACUGUCACAUGAAUUCAGUAGGAAAAUUAUAGAUGGAUUUGCAAAAAGCUACCUAGGAGUUAUUUGGACCAUCCAUGACUCUUACCUAGAAACAGAGAUGAUUGUACGCUGCCACGUGAAUAAAACCUGCUCUGUUUCCUA